AUGGAGGAAACAAAGGCCCCCCUGCCAAAUGACGAUGGCCAACAUGCGGCCGGUGAGAUCCUCGACUUCAGCGACGGAUACACCCCAGCAGAAGAGAAGGCAGUCUUGCGGAAGAUUGAUAUGGUUAUCCUGCCAUUUAUGUGCUUUGUCUUCUUUCUGCAGUAUCUUGACAAGCAAAGCCUCAGUUACGCCGCAGUAUUCGGUCUAAUGGAGGACCUUGACAUGACGAGCUCGCAAUAUUCCUGGUGCACCUCAAUCUUCUAUGUCGGCCAACUAAUUUCUGAAUAUCCCUUUAUUUACCUCAUGAGCCGGCUUCCCCUGACAAAAUUUGUCGGGUCCACGGUCAUUGUUUGGGGAAUCAUAUGCAUGUGCCUUGCUGCACCGAAGAAUUAUGCCGGCUUUGCCGCUGUGCGAUUCUUACUCGGCUUUAGUGAGGGUGCUGUCUCUCCUUCUUUCGUCACUAUCACAUCCAUCUGGUACCGUAAGAAAGAACAUACUGUUCGCACCGCUCUUUGGAUUAGCAUGAAUGGUCUUGCACAGGUAAUUGGCUGCUUGGUCAUGUACGGAAUUGGCAAAAACACAUCGCUUUCAAUUCAGCCUUGGCGAGUGUUAUUCAUCAUUUGUGGUGCGCUGACUGUUGUCGCUGGAGUUGGGUUUUUUAUUCUGGUUCCCAGUGGGCCCAAGGAUGCCUGGUUCCUGAACGCGCGCGAGAAAGAAGUAUUAUCUCUCCGCAUGGCCGAAGACCGUGACGGUGGCGACAAAACUUCAUUUUCGGUAUCUCAACUGAAGGAAACACUGUUAGAUCCAAAAGCGUGGUCCGUCUUUUGGUUCGGUGUGUUGGUGACCAUGCAGUCUCCUGUGCUGACCUUUGCAACACUUGUCAUCGAGUCAAUUGGCUAUGGUAAGCUUGACACAAUGUUGUACACUGCCCCGUCAGGUGCUGUUCAGAUUACACUUUUAUGGAUCGGUACUGCGCUGGUCUUUUUCUUUCCCCGACAGCGGACGCUUGUCGUACUAGCACUCAUCGUGCCGCCCUUCAUUGGCUGUGUAUUCCUCAUGAAGCUCACUGUAACCGCCGAAUGGGGUCUGAUUGUCGCCGCUUGGCUGUCCUCUUGCAUUACAGCUUCCAUGUCGGUGCUUCUCUCACUCGCUGCGUCAAAUGUUAAGGGUAAUACCAAACGUGCUAUUGUCAAUACCAUGUUCUUCAUCGGCUACUGCGCUGGCUGUAUAGGGUCACCCCAGCUAUGGACCCACAACCCUCGGUAUACCGAAGGUGUGAUCACUGGCAUUGUAACUUGGUGUCUGCUUUUUGUGACAGUGCUUAUCUAUCGCUUUCUAUGCAUGCAUGAUAAUAAAAAGCGAGACGUCGAUGCCAACGCAGUUGCUGAUGACACCACGAGGCGGGAAGUUGCACUUGAUGAGAACGGAUUGCCGAAGGCUGAUCUGACAGACAAGGAAGAUCGCCAGUUCCGAUAUUCAUGGUAG